AUGAUAGAAUGUGGAGGAAUUGUUCUUCAAGAAUGUAAAACAGAUACCAUAACAUAUAAUUGUCCACCUAUUAGAUGUUCAUAUAAGCAAGAAAAUAAACUUCCAACAGGAUGUUAUUGUACAUAUUCACUUAUAAGUAAACAAGAAUGUAUAUUUGAUUGUGAGAAUGAAAAUGAAUGUGUAUUUAAUGAUCCAGUAAGUAAUUCAUUAAUAGAAAGAAUAAUUAACUAUGGAGAACACAUUUUAAUGAAAUCAGUUUCAAGUAUUUAUACAAUGAAUAUCAAUGAAACUAUAAUUGAAUCGAAAUUCCCAAUAAACAUCUAUCAAAUAAUAGAUGGAGAAGAUAAAAGAAUGAAAAUUAAAGGAGUGACAUUAAAUGUUGAUUCAAUCACAAUGAGUAAAGGAACACUCACACUAGAAACAGAUAAAAUCUUUACAAGAAGAAUUGAAGUUACAGGAGGAGAAAUAGAAAUUAAUAAUAUGAUUACAUUCAGUGAAAAUAAUAAAGCAUUAAUUGAAAUAGAAGGGAACAAAGAAGUGAAAGAAAGAGGAGUUUUCAUAGAAAGAGGAAUAAUAAAAAUAGGAGAAAAAGGGAAGAUAAUAAUGAAAGGAGGAACAAAAGAAGAUGGAUAUGUUAAUAAAAUCACAAUAAAAAAUACAAUGAUAGAAAUAGAAGGAAAUAGGAUAGAUGAUGAUAUUAUUGUAAUAGAAAAUGGAGGAGAUGUGAAGAUUGAAAAUAUUAGUGUGAAAAUUGUUGGAGAGAAUAAAGGAGAUAAAUUGGAGUUAUUUUAG